AUGGCAGCGUGCAUCUUCUGCAAGAUCAUCAAAGGAGAGAUCCCAUGCUUCAAGCUCUUCGAGAGCGACAAAACACUCGCUUUCCUGGACAUCGGCCCGCUCAGCAAGGGCCAUGCUCUCGUCAUCCCCAAGUUCCACGGCGAGAAACUCACCGACAUCCCCGACGAGCACCUAAGCGAGAUCUUGCCCAUCGCCAAGAAGCUGGUCAAGGUUACCGGAGCCGAGAACUACAACAUCCUGCAGAACAACGGCCGCAUCGCGCACCAGGUCGUCGACCACGUUCACUUCCACAUGAUCCCCAAGCCCAACGAGAAGGAGGGUCUUGGCAUUGGCUGGCCCACGGAGCCCGCGGACAUGGACGCACUCAAGGCGUACUUCGAGGAGGUCAAGGCCAAGAUGUAA